GAAAAUGGGAGAUAUUGAAAAGGGCAAGAAGAUCUUUGUCCAGAAAUGUUCCCAGUGCCAUACAGUUGAAAAGGGAGGCAAGCACAAGACUGGACCCAACCUUCAUGGCCUAUUUGGACGCAAGACUGGACAAGCUGAGGGCUUCUCUUACACAGAUGCCAAUAAGAGUAAAGGUAUCACCUGGGGUGAGGAUACUCUGAUGGAGUAUUUGGAAAAUCCAAAGAAGUAUAUCCCAGGAACAAAGAUGAUUUUUGCGGGUAUUAAGAAGAAGUCUGAGAGAGCAGACUUAAUAGCAUACCUCAAAGAUGCCACUUCAAAGUAAAAGUUACCUGCUGCCUUAUUUAUUUUACGAAGGAGAUGGCAAUGGAAAUGUCUGUGAUGAGAUUGGUUUUUAAACUUUCUAUUUUUACAUAUACUGUGUUUAACCUUAAAAUCUUUCACCCAUCAGAUAACGUUGCUCACGGUGGGUCACUGGAGUACACGCGUGUUUGACAGCCAUUAGCUUAAUGGAAACUGUAAUUGGAUUGAUUUAAAUGACUAUAAUAUUCAGUCAUUCUUGAUCAUAGAAUUAAAAAAAAAAUAA